UAUUUGCACAGAAUAUUCCAUCUCCUUCCUUUGACGUAGUUAAGCUCAGACCACUCUUUUCUCACUGCUAGGCUUGGUUUCGCAUAGCAACAACAAACCAUCCUUAUGGCUUUAGCUUUUAAUGGCGUAACCCCACAAACCAGAGCUCUGGGCUCUUCAUGGAGAUUGACUUCUCCUUGCCAAAACCCUUCACAAACGCAGUUCUUCUCAUGGGUUUGUCUUCCAAAGAAACGGAUUGCCCAGAAAACUAUUUCUUCUUCCGCCGCUAAAACCACCGAUUCAACCCUCUCAGAUGUUGAGUUCCACCAAAUUCAGGAAGACAACACUAAGGACUUCACUCCCACUUUCACAAGUGCGUGGAUGGAAUUUGCCAAAAAUGUAUCUGGUGAAUGGGAUGGGUUUGGAGCCGACUUUUCAAAUGAAGGAAUCCCAAUUGAGCUUCCGGAACGUGUUGUACCCGAUGCUUUCCGGGAAUGGGAAGUUAAGGUUUUCGACUGGCAGACACAAUGUCCCACUCUAGCUGACCCAGAAGAAAAUGUUCUUUCAUGCAAGUUGAUUAAGCUACUCCCCACAGUGGGAUGUGAGGCUGAUGCUGCUACAAGAUUUAGCAUCGAUGAGAGGAGUGUUGGAGGUCCAAAUAGUAGAGUAUCUGCCUUUGCUUAUCAACCAAGUGGAUCAUAUGUGGCUGUCUGGCCCAUUGAUGAAAAGGGUUCUCAUAAUUUGAUUGAGUUGGAGCAUUGCUUGAUCAAUCCUGAAGAUCGAGAGUCUCGAGUGAGGAUAAUUCAGAUACUCGGUGUUGAGAAUGAGAAGAUGGUGUUGCGUAGUAUUAGAGUUUUUGUUGAGCAGUGGUAUGGACCAUUCAGAAAUGGGGAUCAACUUGGUGGAUGUGCCAUCCGGGAUUCAGCAUUUGCUUCUACUGCUGCCUUAAAAGCCUCUGAACUGGUUGGCGUCUGGCAGGGCUCAGCUGCUGUUGCUAACUUUGACGGUUCUCAUCAGGACUUUCUUCAACAACUUCUAGAUUACAGCGAUAGGAAGUCAGUCAGAGAUGAAUGUGACAUUAUCUUGCUUCCCAAGCAAUUGUGGUGUUCAGUAAAAGCAGGUAAAGGUGGUGAUACACUCUGUGAGGUGGGAUGGCUGUUCAACAAUGGUCGUGCGAUCACAUCAGAAUGCACCUUCUCAAGCAAAGCAACUUUAAAGGCAAUCGUAAUAGCUUGUGAAACUGCAGCCUUGGAGGGUACAUAACCGUUGAUGACAACUAAAAUCGAAUUAGCUGGAGCAAAAUUUAGCCAAAAAGAGUUAAGGUCCAAUGAAUACGAAUCUUUGUUAAUUCUUCUUUUUUUUCCUUGACACAAUCCAAAGUUUAUAAUAACAAUGUGAAGCAGCCCAUGUGCGCGCCCGUUGUAAGUAUUUACAUACAAAAAAUCCACUCCAAAUUCGAAAUUCAUAGUAUUGUCGUAUUCAUAUGCUCUGUAUUUUUCUCUGCGAGAUUCUUUCUUUGAGCUUUAAUAAGCUGCUACAUCGGUUACUGUUUUCUCUGA